UUACUUGGCAGGUACCCUUGGCCUAUUCGAUUCCAAACAUGCUCGGACGAGUAGCGUGCAAGCUUCCACUCAAUCACUUCCGCCAACCAAGCAGCAGCAGAUGCUUCAUGCUUGGAACCGCGACGACCCCCAACAGAUCGUCAUCCCAGAUCUGCCCUUUGAUCUCUAAAAAACUCUCCCUUUUGAUCGACGCGACACCGCAGAGUAGGAGGUGGAGGCGGAAGUAGGUAGAUAGAUGGCUGCCCAUCUCGCUGCAGUUUUCCUCUUCUUGCUUCUCUCUGUGGCCUCAGCCGUUGACUUCAACAUACCGGCCGUUUUCAACUUCGGCGACUCCAAUUCGGACACCGGAGACCUCAUCGCUGCCGGCAUCGGCGACCCCCUCCUGCCCCCCAACGGGCAGACCUAUUUCUCCCGACCUGCCGGCCGAUUCUGUGAUGGUCGCCUCAUAAUCGAUUUCCUCAUGGAAGCUAUGGAUAUGCCUCUCCUUAAUGCAUAUUUUAAUUCCCUUGGUGCACCAAGCUUUCAAAAAGGUUGCAACUUUGCUGCUGCUGGAUCCGCUAUUCUUCCAGCAACAGCAGCUUCAGUUAGCCCAUUUUCCUUUGCAAUCCAGAUUGCACAAUUUUUUCAUCUAAAAAAUGAAGCUCUUCAUAUGCUAGGCAAAGGCCAAAAGUUUAAAAAGUAUGUACCUCACAAAAACUACUUCAGCCAGGGACUUUACAUGUUUGAUAUAGGCCAAAAUGAUCUUGCCGGUGCAUUCUAUUCCAAAACUGAGGAUCAAAUCCUUGCUUCCAUACCCACAAUACUGUCAGAAUUUGAAAGUGGACUGAAGAAACUAUAUGACCAAGGUGCCAGGAGAUUCUGGAUCCACAACACUGGGCCACUGGGAUGCUUAACUCAAAACAUAGCCCGUUUUGGUAAAGAUCCAUCAAAGUUGGAUGAGACUGGAUGUCUGAGAUCUCAUAACCGAGUCGCCAAGCUCUUCAAUUUACAACUUCAUGCCCUUUGUACAAAGCUACAAGGUCUUUUUGAAGAUGCUAGCCUAACUUAUGUUGAUGUAUUCAGCAUCAAACUCAACCUCAUAGCAAACUAUUCAAAAUAUGGAUUUGAGAAUUCAAUUGCCGCAUGCUGUGGAUACGGUGGACCACCUUUGAACUAUGACAGUCGAAUCUCUUGCGGACAAACAAAGGUUUUGAAUGGAUUCUCACAAACAGCAAAAGCGUGUGAUGAUGCAACCGCCUACAUUAUUUGGGACGGCAUUCACUAUUCUGAAGCUGCAAAUCUUCACGUUGCAUCUCAAAUUCUGACUGGAAAGUACUCAGACCCACCAUUUGCAGAGAAGAUGCCAUUUGCACUCAAACUAAGGUUCUAGUUUCAUCAUCUACCCUCUCAGUUAAGAUCUGCUGUACAGGUUCUUUUCUGAGAUAAAAAUGCAUUCAGUUUUUUUUUCGAAGUUAAAAUAAAUUGGGUUGACAUUUUCUUUUCUUUUUAAUUUUUUUUUAAAUAACGUCACACAAGUUUAAGCAGUAUAAUGAACACAGACUUCCAUUUCUUAAA